AUGUUUACAAAAUGUUUGAUACUUUUAAAUAUAUAUUUUUUUCUAAACGGCAUUUUUAAGCGUGUAAAGUUCGACACAAACAUUUCUACUAUGAAAUCUAAACCAAAAUAUGAUUCAGUUAUUUAUAUCGUGCUUGAUGCCUUGAGAUAUGACUACAUACAAGAUAGAGCAAAAAAUAGCUCUCAUUUUUUACACAAUAAAAUGUCAAAAUACAACAGUAUAAAAGACAAAUUUGAAGCAUUGAGCGUGUGUGGAAUCCCUACAUCAACAACGUGUAGAGUUACCGGGUUGCUUACUGGAACACCUUCUAAUUUUUUAGAAGGUAUGAAGACCUUUUUAAAAUCUUCUUUAGAUAUUGAUAACAUGGUUAAUCAGAUGUAUGACAAAUAUAAAGGUAGUGUGUCUUUUUUUGGUGAUGCUACCUGGCUAAAUUUAUGUCCAAUAUUAAAAAAAUGCCACACUUACGCAAUAGAUCCUUAUUCAAAAAAAGAUUUAAUUAUUAAUGAAGAAAAUGCAAUCACGGCUUUAAAAAAACGAGUAAAUAUUGAUAAAGCUAUUUUAUGUCAUUUAAUUUCACUUGAUUCUCUUGGUCACAUACAUCGAACAACUUCUCAUCCAGAAUUAAAGGAUUCUUUAGAGAGAUUUGAUAAUAUGAUUAAUGAUGUUUUCACUAAAAUGGGAGAUAAUACAUUACUAGUACUAACAAGCGAUCAUGGUGUUACUGAUGAAGGUGAACAUGGGGGUGUUAGCACACAUGAAAUGUCGUCAUUUGUUUCUUUCAUUUCCAAAAAACCGAUGCAAAUCUUUAAUGUUGAUAAUAAAUUGAAAAAAAUUAGAAAAAAUUUUCUAGGAAAGCGAUAUGACCUUGAAAAUAACUUUUUUAUAAAAAAUAAAGGUUUUCAAAGACCUUAUAUAGUGCAUCAAGAUGAUAUUCUUCCCACAGUGUGUUAUUUAUUAGGUGUUUGUGUACCUCAAAAUGUACAUGGUAAUGUUAUACACGAACUUGUCGACGAUAGUGAUUUUUUACAAAAAUUUUAUGAACAAAAAUGUUUAAUGGUCGGCAGAAAAGCGUUUAACUUUACGAAGAAAGAUGAUUUGUACAUGGCACAUUACAAAUUAUCAGAAGAAAUAUAUAAUUAUUUCUCUGGACAACAUCAGAUGUAUUUAAUUAUAAGCUUUGUUAUAUCGCUUGUCCUUUUAAAAAAAUUGAUAUUUAAAUUUUUACAAAAUAUUAAAAACGUAAAGUUGCAAAAUAUAUGGCGAAAUUUUGAUAUGCGCUGGUUUACAAUAUUUUCUGCUAUAAUUAUUGUGUCACAUUCCGUCGGAGCAAUUAAAAACGAAUCAUUAGUUUGGAUAUUAACUUUUCUAUUUUGCAAUACUGGUUUAAAUAAUAUAAUUUUAGUAAAUAUGAUUUGGCUACAUGAUAAAACUGACAUUUUAUCUAAUAUUAGCUUCUAUACAUGUCUGAUUGUUUAUCUCUUAAUUUUACAAAGAAAAAACUUAAAAUUUUACAUUUUAUUGUGUAUUAGUGUUAUAAAAGAUUUUUUCCCAUUUUUUAUAAGUUCUUCCACCAGAGAAAUCAUUUCAUUAUAUCCAGAAAACAAGGUUUUAGCAUUUUUAAUUUACAAGCCAAAAAUGAAUUUAAUUUUACUGAUUUUACCAUAUCUGAAUAUUGAUGAUAUAUGCAUUUAUCCACUAAUUAAUCUUUUAAGUGGCCUAAAAGAUCUAGAAAAAAUUGAUUAUUCUGUAGCUUACGUGUUUACUGAUACACCGUCAUAUUUUGAGACCGCUAUUCCAUUUAUAUUUUAUUUUGUUUAUUGUAGAAAACUGGUUAAAAGACCAAAAAGUUACUUUUAUAUCAAUUUAUUCAGUUUAUUGUGCACUUUUACUGUUACUUACUGGGAAUUUGAUACUAUGUCAUUUUAUUUUCAUUUUGCGUCUAGAUGUUUUUUUGUGUGUCUAUUUUGCAUUAUAGAUUUGUUUAAUUAA